CUCUCCAUGGAAACACAAUUGAUCACAUGAUUGAUCAGGGUAGGCCACUAGGGCUUUCUUCUUUUUGGUUUUUUCCAGAAGUCAUAAACGGAUAUAGAAUAUACUCAAAGACCUCCUCAUGCUUUUAGUGGAGAGGCAAAGAAGGUCCGCUCUGGACUGGGGAAGGAAGCGCCUGCGACCUGGGCAAGAAGGUGGGGACUCACGCGGAGGGAGGCCGUUGUCUCUGGCGCUGAUGGUGACCGGAACACACCGGGGCCGCUGAACAUUCCUGUGCAAGUUUCUUCACCUUCCUGUGCAUCAGUAUUUACAUCGGGGAAAUAGUAAAUGCUGUGUGGAAAGGUAAAUGAGGCGGUCAGAGAAGGAAGUUCUGCGCGAGCGCAGCGACAGCGUGAAAGCCGUGAGGGCCGGGUGGAGCCGCGCCGGCCGCGUUCGCAGGUGUGGGAGUUGCCACACAUUUCAUCCGCCGGUCUCGGCCUUGAUCGCGACUCUCCUCGGCUGCGCUCCAGGACUCCAAUGGCAAACGCCGCCAGCUCCGCGUUCCUUCCCUGCCUGUCACUUCUGCUCGGGCUGUCUGGCUGGUCCCGGACGUGGCGCGCCGAUGCUCACUCUCUCUGGUACAACUUCACCAUCAUCCAUCAGCCCAGACCUGGACAACGGUGGUGUGAGGUCCAAGGCCAGGUGGAUCAAAAGAAUUUCCUCUCCUAUGACUGUGGCAGUGACAAGGUCUUAUCUGUGGGUCGCCUAGAAGAGCAGCUGAAUGCCACAGAUGUCUGGGGAAGACAACUGGAAAUGCUGAGAGAGGCAGGGCAGAGGCUCAGACUGGAACUGCCUGGCCUUGAGCUGGAGAAUUUCACCCCCAGUGGACCCGUCGUGCUGCAGGCCAGGAUGUCUUGUGAGUGUGAAGCCGAUGGACACAGCAAAGCAUCCUGGAAGUUCAGAUUUCAUGGACAGGAGUGCCUCCUCUUUGACUCAAACAGCAAAAAGUGGACAGUGGUUCAUGCUGGAGCCAGGCGGAUGAAAGAGAAGUGGGAGGAGGACAGGGAACUGACCGAUCUCUUCUGGAAGGUCUCCAUAGGAGACUGCGGGAGCUGGCUUCGGGACUUCCUGAUGCACAGGGAGAAGAGGCUGGAGCCCACAGCAUCACCCACCGUGACCCCAGGUACAGCCCAACCCAAAUCCAUGGCCACCAGCCUCAGUCCCUGGAGCCUCCUUCUCGUCCUUGUCUGUGUCAUCCUAUAUGUCAUCUGAGGAGAGUCUUUAGAGUGACAGGUGGAAGAUGACAACAAGCAACCACUGUUUGCCUGGUCUGCCUCCCGCUCUCCCUCAGGAAGGCCACCCAUCUACUCACCACUGUGCCUUGCUGGACAGCCAGGAGGUCAAGCCUUAGCAAGCCCACAGCCUGCAGCAGAUGAUGAGGGCGUUGGAGACCCAACCUCUCAUGCUAUUUUUCUUCACAUCUUCUGUCACUUUCUCUUGGUGCUAAUGGAUGGAAUUCCUGCACAAGUUAGAACUGGACAAGAAAUCCCAGCAAAAAGCAUUUUCUUUGUACUUUGGUGAUUGUGGGAAAGCAGACACUUCUCUGCAGCAUGACCUCGUUCUUCCAAACCAUAUUGCUAGUAAAAUCGCAUGCUGGGCUUCAGACCUCAGGGAUCCUUUCCACGCACUGACCAAGAAUCGUAUUAAUCCUUUUUAUUUUUAUGGUGUUUUACAUCUUCUCAUUCUGUAAAACUUACUGGAGUGAAGUGGCAUAAUCAUCACUCACUGUAAUCUCACCUGACAAAGGUCUAAUAUCCAGAAUCUAAUAUCUACAGAAUCUUGUUGAAUAUCCAGAACUCAACAAGCAAGACAAAAAAUCCAAUUAACAAAUGGGUAAAGAGAUGAACACUUUUAAAAGAAGACAUGCAAGUGGCCAAAUCAUCAGAUAGGUGCCAAUCAAAACCGCAGUGAGUUGCCACCUCUUACCUGUCACAAAGUCAGAGAUGGUGGUGGGGCUGCAGAGAAAGGAAACAGACACUGUGCGUGGGAAAGCGAACCUGUUCAUCCACUAUGGAAAGCAUUGUGGAGAUUUCUGCAAGAACUUAAAAUAGAACUACCAUUCAAACCAGCAACUCCACUAAUGGGGAUAUACCCAAAGGAAAAGUAUUUAUUUUGUCAAAAAGACACCUGCACCCAUAUGUUCAAUGCAGUGCUAUUCCCACUAGCAAGGACACAGAGUCAAUCUAAGUGAACUGAAUGAAAACAAUGUGGCACAUAGACACCAUGAAAAUCUAUGCAGCCAUGAAACACAGCAAAAUCAUGUCCACUUCAGCAACACGGAUGGAGCUAGAGGCUGUUAUCCUAACCAACCUAAUGAAGGACAGAAAGCCACAUACUGCAUGCUCCCAUUUGAAAGUGGCAGCUAAACAUUGAAUUCACAUGAACCAGAUGCUGGAGAUCACUAGAUGGGGGAGAGAGGAGGCGCACCUGGGCUGAAAACCACCUGUUGGGGACCCUGCUUACUGUUUGGGUGAUGGGAUCAUUGGGACACCAAGCCUCAGCCUCCCAAAAUCUACCCGUGUAGCAGCCCUCUAUGUGUACCCUUUAAUCUAUAAUAUAGGUUGAAAUUAAAGAUGAAUAAAUAAAAAUGACAUAAGGCCAAAAAAAAUGGGGUUAACUGAGAGAACUCUGCACUAUAAACCCUAACCCAGCUCAAAAAAUUAAACUCCAAUCGUUUAAAAUAAUCACAAGUUGUAUGCUGAUAAUUGAAUAAAAGUUAUACAUGUAAGUGCCAAACCCUAAAAUUAAACACCGCAUAAUAAAAUUA